AUGAAACAAUGUGAAGAUGGAAGCAACAUUUACAUGCUCGCUUUUUCUCGUUACUUUCAGGCUGCUGAACGCAAACAGCAUCUCAUGCAUCCCGAGGAACACCUUCAGGGACCUUGGCAACAGCUUGGCUCUGCUGUGAGUGCAAUCUCCUUGUCGCUGUAUGACAACGACUUGAAAUCCUUGGCUCCCGGAACCUUUGAUCCCCUGCGAAACAUCAAGACGCUCCGAGGCUUCAUUUCUCGGGAUUACGCAAAAUACGCACUCAUCGGUUCCAGCAGACUUUUUUCUAGCACUGUUGAAUUGUGUGACUUUCGAAAGAACUUGCUGGCAUACCCGUGGGAAAAUUUAUUGCUGGUCCAGAAACAGAUGAAAACUGAUGUCUUGAGCACAACCGACGGUAAAUCAACAGAUCAAUGUCUUGACCCGUUAGUAUUUCUGUGCGGCUACUGCUUCAGUAUGGCAAAGGACUCUGGCGCUAGAAUAAAAAUAAAGUUCUCUGACCUUUUUUGUUCUGGAUCCGAUGGAGAACUGAGGCAGCUAAUCGGAGUGAUACUACAACAACAAAAAAGCAGACGAGAACAGUCUGCUUCCUUGACCCGUUUGAUUGAUGACGCCGCACUCCCGAAGCGGAGCUAUCGCGGGCUCUGGAGAAUUGCGUCGUUAUCACCGAAUGUACAAAGGAUGAGAUCUCCUGAAUGUCUGGAGCGUUUCCAGUGGCUUUGUCUCGAAGUGAACCUUGACGCGUCGUCAGAUUUGCCAGGGAUCGCCUCUGCUUUUAUUUCAAUAUUGAAAAUUCUGGCGAGAGCUGCCAAUAAUUCAGACCUUGACGACUUGCAUCUGGCGAGGAACCCUUGGAUGUGCGAUUGUAACCUUGAGUACGUAGCCGAGUACCUGAUGCGGAAUCCCACGUUGGAGACGUCGGGUGUGAGAUGCGAAGGGCCUCCGAGGAUGAGCAAGAAGAAAAUUGCCGGCUUGUCCCCUGACAAGUUUUACUGCAUAGGGAGCGAAGGGAAACAUGCGCAGGUAGCCGGACAAUGUUUCCAGGAGCAAUUCUGCCCCAAGGUGUGUCGGUGCGAAGGCACGACGGUGAAUUGCUCCGGCAAGGCUCUGACCAGCGUUCCAAAUGACGUGCCUUCCUACGCGACGCAGCUGGAUCUGAGCGAAAACAAGAUAACGGAACUUCCGGCUGCCAGCUUUCAGAACCUGCCGCAUCUGCAGGUCCUGGACUUGUCCAAGAACUCGUUGGGAGCCAUUGCGGAAGGUGUUUUGGCCCCUGCCACGAAGCUGGUCAAAUUGCGGAUUUCGAAGAAUCCCUUCCGUUGCAACUGCCACUUGGCCUGGUUGGCCGAGUGGCUGAGAAAACGAGACGUGACCGAGGAUCGACCCACGUGUCAUGAGCCUUAUCGUCUACGCACUAAGCCUCUGAUCCAGAUGCACUCAUCGGACUUCAAAUGCACUUCGGACGACGACGUGGGUUGCGUGGGUGCGGGCCACUGCCCUAGGGGUUGCCAGUGCGAAGGAACCGUCGUGAGAUGCAGUAGGAGCAAGUUACAAGAGAUCCCCAAGGAUAUUCCUCAGGAGACCACGGAAUUAGAUCUGAGCAACAACAAGAUAUCGGUUCUCGGCAACAAUACGUUUGGAAACUUGACGAGACUGGAGACUUUGAUCAUCAGCUACAAUAAACUCGAGUGCAUCCAUUCCAACUCACUCGCUGGGCUGCACGCGCUUCGGAUCCUCUCCCUGCACGGCAACGACAUAUCCAGGAUCCCUGAGGGAACUUUCGGAGACCUGAGGUCCAUCACUCACUUGGCGCUUGGGUCGAAUCCACUAUAUUGCGAUUGCGACCUUUUGUGGCUUUCCGACUGGGUCAAGCGAGAUUACGUGGAGCCCGGGAUCGCCAAGUGUCAGGAUCCACCGGCCAUGAGAAACAAGCUCAUCCUCACUUCACCGUCCGAUUCGUUCAUUUGUAAAGGAUCCGUGGAGCCGGAAAUCUUGGCCAAGUGCGACGCUUGCUACAAAUUUCCUUGUAGAAAUGGGGCCACGUGUCACUCGAUCCCACUAAAGAAAUACGUUUGCGAAUGCUCCCCGGGAUUCCAUGGUGAUCAUUGCGAGUACGAGAUCGAUGCCUGCUACGGGAACCCAUGCGAAAAUUCGGGAACCUGCAAAGUUCUCGAAGCUGCUGUCACUGUGCUGCGGGUUUCGCUGGCGAUCGGUGCGAACAUAACGUGGAUGACUGCGUGGGUCACAAGUGCACCAAUAAUUCCACGUGUGUGGAUGGAAUCGGCGCAUACAAGAAAUUAUUGCGAGAAGAAAAUCCCGUUCUGCACUGAAGAAUUCAAUCCCUGCAAAAACGGCGGAAACUGUGUUGACCACUUCACGCAUUACACGUGCGAAUGUCCUCAAGGUUUCCUCGGCGAGAAUUGCACUGUAAAUAUUGACGACUGCGAGGACCAUCUUUGCAUGAAUGGAGGCACGUGCGUCGACGGUGUCAAUGAAUACACGUGCAAGUGCCCGACAGGGUUUUGGGGCAAGUUCUGCGAAGGCACUCCAGUCGCAGAAAUGUUAUAUCCGCAAACUUCGCCAUGUCAACAUCACGACUGCAAGAACGGCAUUUGCUUCCAGCCCAAGGCAGACUCGAGCGAUUACAAAUGCGAAUUCCUCACCGCAGUUUCUUUCGCCGACAAGGAGUCGUUCGUCGAGCUGCCCGGACUGCAAGUCAGACCUGCGGCGAACGUGACCAUUUUCUUCCGCACAACUCAACAGGAAGGAGUGCUGUUGUAUCUGGGCCAAAACCAGCAUUGGGCCGUGGAAUUAUUCACGGGCCGCAUCCGGGUGUCUUACGACGUUGGCAACUAUCCCUUGUCCAACAUGUUCAGCUACGAGAAAGUAGCCGACGGGACUGUGCAUCGGAUCGAGCUGCUCGCUGUCAAGCAGAACUUCACGCUCAAGGUGGACUCUGGCCUGGCGAGGACCAUCAUUAACAACGGGGAAAAGGAGUACCUGGAUGUCAAUGUGCCUUUGUACAUUGGAGGAGUGCCGCCGGAAAUCGGGAGAAAGGCCACGGCGAGUUUCCAUCUGAGGAAUGCCACGAGUCUGAAUGAGGGUUUGAAUAAGUGA